GUCCCCGCACGGAAGGCUCCUAGCUUUCUCCGUCCUUAACUCUUGUCUUGUGACACCAGGUCCACCGCAGCCAAGAUGAUGUGUGGCGCGCCUUCCGCCACGCAGCCGGCUACGGCCGAGACGCAGGAGAUCGCCGACAAGGUGAAAUCCCAGCUCGAAGAGAAAGAAAAUCAGAAGUUCUCCGUCUUUAAAGCCAUCUCCUUCAGGCAACAGGUGGUGGCUGGCAUCAACUUCUUUAUCAAGGUUGAUGUUGGUGAUGAUAAAUUUGUGCACUUGAGGGUGUUCAAAGCCCUUCCCCAUGAAAACAAGCCCUUGACCCUGUCUUCCUACCAGACCAACAAAGAGCAACAUGACGAGCUGAGCUUCUUCUGAUUCUGCAGCCCCUUUGCCAAAUACUUCAUCUCUACUGUGUUUGGGACCACAAAGUAAAUAGCCCUCUGUGAUGGAGGGGGUGGAGUUAGGCAGCUUCUUUUGUGAUUCUCAAACUGCAUUGUGUUUGUUUUCUUCCAAAUAAUUAUUUUCAGAAAGCUACACAUGAUCUCUCUAAAUAUAUAUGUUUUAAAGUCUAUACAAA